AUGGCACCUCUCAUCGCUGGAGAGUCGGCCGUUUCGGCCAAGCGAGCUGAGCUCGCUGGCAAAGGAGGAAUUAUGGGACUCCUCAGUAAUAAGAAGACAUCGGCGAUCGGACUAUUCGCGUCGCUUGGUGGACUGGUGUACGGAUACAACCAGGGCAUGUUCGCCCAAGUUCUGACAAUGAACUCAUUCGUCAAGGCCACAGAUUCAUAUGCCAAGGGCACUGGUAUUGAACAGGGUAUCUUGACAUCAAUUCUGGAGCUUGGUGCCUGGGUUGGAACCUUGUUCAAUGGAUAUCUUGCUGACGCGGUUGGUCGCCGGCUAACUGUAUUGAUCGCGGUCUUGGUAUUUUGUGUUGGUGUGAUCGUGCAAGCCUGCACGGAGAACAAGGACUUUGUGUUUGCUGGUCGCUUUGUAACAGGUCUGGGUGUUGGUAGUUUGAGUAUGGUUGUGCCGUUGUACAAUGCAGAGCUGGCCCCACCAGAGAUUCGUGGAUCCCUUGUUGCGGUCCAACAGCUUGCCAUUACCUUUGGUAUCAUGGUUAGCUUCUGGAUCGGAUAUGGCACCAACUACAUCGGUGGCACUGGCGACACCCAAUCCAAUGCAGCUUGGCUCGUCCCAGUUUGCAUCCAGCUCUUACCUGCGAUUACUUUGGCGGCUGGUAUGAUGAUGUUCAUGCCACAGUCACCACGCCAUCUGAUGAACACUGGGCGCGAGGAGGAAUGUCUACAGACCCUUGCCCGACUGCGUGGCGUCUCAACAGACGACAUACUCGUGCGCAUCGAAUUUCUCGAAAUCAAGAGUCUUCAUAUGUUUGAGAAGGAGGUUGCGGCCGAGAAAUAUCCUCAGUGGCUGGACGGCUCGUUCUCCAGUCGCUUUAGGAUGGGAUUGGCCGACUAUGCGUCGCUCAUCACAAACCCUUCGCUUUUCAAACGUACAACUGUUGCGUGCCUGAUCAUGGUGUUCCAACAGUGGAAUGGAAUCAACGCCAUCAAUUACUACGCGCCUUUCAUCUUCGACAACAUGGAACUACCCGGCAACACAACCUCCUUGCUGGCUACCGGCGUUGUCGGUAUCGUCGAGUUCAUCUUCACCAUCCCUGCUGUGCUGUGGGUCGAUCAAAUCGGUCGUAAGAAGAUCUUGAUCACCGGUGCGAUCGGAAUGGCCGUCUGCCAUUUUAUCGUUGCAGGAAUCAUUGGCGCAUACCAGGGUGAAUUUGGCGAAAACAGGGCGGCUGGAUGGACGGCGAUUGUUUUCAUUUGGAUCUUCGUCAUCAAUUUUGCCUACUCUUGGGGACCUGUCGCAUGGAUCGUCACUUCAGAGGUAUUCCCCCUAAGCAUGCGGGCCAAGGGUGUUAGUCUGGGAGGCAGCAGCAAUUGGUUGAACAACUUCGCUGUCGCGACCGCUACUUCUCCCUUUAUCGAAGUUUCUACUCUAGGAACUUUCAUUUUCUUCGGCUGUGUAACCACUGUUGGUGUUUUCUACGUCUACUUCUUUGUUCCCGAGACAAAGGGUCGCACAUUGGAGGAGAUGGACGAUCUCUUUGGUUCGACAGGAAUGGCCGCCGCUGACGCAGAACGCAAGCAUCGCAUCGAGAGUGAAGUCGGUCUGCUGGCUCUGGUUGGAAUGGAAAGUCCGGAAAGCGAGAAGCAUGUCGAGACAACUGCUGGCAGUGAGGAGUUUGUCGAGACAAAGGAUUAA